GGGACAGGGACCAACGUCAGCAUCCAGUGCUGGAACCAGGGCUAUGGGGGCUCCUUCCUCCUGCACAAAGAUGGGUGCUCAGCCCCCAUCCAGCGCCAGGAGCUCCUCUUGGAGGACAAGGCCACCUUCACCAUCCUUGAGGUGACCCCGGCUGACAGCGGCACCUAUAGGUGCUCCUACCGCCCCUGGGCUCAGCGCUUCCUGUCCUCACCCAUUGGGAACAACGUGACUCUGGAGGUGGCACCCACACCUGCACCCCCAGGGGCACCCAAACCUGCAGAGCCCACGGGUGCUGAGGAGCAGUCCCGUGCCAAUCUGGUGCUGGCACUGGUGAGGGGCUUUGUGGCUGUGCUCGUCUUUGGCCUCGGCGUUUUCUUCGUCGUCGAUGCCCGCAGCCUCUGGAUACGGGCAGAUCAGAGCUGUGGUUCCCCCGCGGUGACAACAAGCAUCUGA